UAUCUCUUCCCAGAACUUCGGCAACAGAUUCAGGCUGCCAUGUGAUAUUCGACGCACUAAGUUGGAUCAAUGUCGCCGUGACUGCAAUAUUAGGCCUCAUCAUGAUCGCUCGGCUAUAUGCCCUGCAUCAACAAUCCAGAAAGUGCUGAUAUCUCUCAGUGUCAUUUUCUUGGUAGUCAACAUUGCUGACGGAGUGACCGCUGCAAUGGUUACGAGACGUGUUUCGUCGGAAGUGUUCAUUCUCUUUGGCAUCACUCAGUGCGCCUCUGACUUUCAAGAAGGCUCGGAUGAUCUCCUUCUGGCUUGGAUGACCUGGAUUCUCCCCGCUGUAUGGGAGGCCCUCGCACUAUGUCUUGCAGUCCGGAUCGCUUUCAAACACCUCCGUGAGCUGCAGCGACCAUUGACAGGAUGGCUUAAUGCCGGAGAUUGUUUCGCAGUGUUAACAAAAACUCAUGUAAUUUACUUCGCGAGUUUUGUUGCUGUGUCUGGCUUCAUCCUCCCUUAUGUGUCUCAAACGGCCAUAGCGAACACAAUUAUCGCUGAACAUCAGAUUUAUCUUGGUUUAGCUCAAACUUUCAUAGUCACGGUGAUGUGUGCUGGGACCACGCCUGAUUCUUGGCGUUCGAGAAUAUCAUGCGAAGCUUGUGGCCAACUCCGAAGGAGGUCCCUGCAUGACUUGGAUUGCCUUUGAAGAGCGCUUGAAUGUGUCAACCAGCAUCAGUGUGUAGCAUAGAAAAUGCUUGCUGUGUUUGCCGCGUGCCGGGUUCUCUCAGGGAGGGAGGGAAGUUGUUUUUAUUCGAAGAUUUUGUCGUGGUACUCGUACUAUCUAUAUAUUGUACAUAUUUAUUGGUGUAAUCAAGGUUUCUGUCAGGCACUGUGACACGGCGUUGAAUCAGG